CCAAAAUCAACCCCCGUUUGGCUUAUAAAUCCCCUUCAUCUUCUUCUUAUUUCUUCAGUCACUCCCACCACAUCUCCCAUAAACUCGCCAUUAAUUGAUCAUCCAUAACACCACCAUGGAUCUCCUCCUCUUGGAGAAGACCCUUUUGGCUGUCUUCUUCGCCGUCGUUCUCGCAAUAACCAUCUCCAAGUUCCGGGGAAAGCGUUUCAAGCUUCCUCCCGGACCCAUCCCCGUCCCUGUGUUUGGCAACUGGCUCCAAGUCGGCGAUGACUUAAACCACCGAAACCUCACAGAUCUCGCCAAGAAAUACGGCGACAUAUUCCUCCUCCGAAUGGGGCAGCGGAACCUGACAGUCGUCUCGUCCCCAGAACUAGCCAAAGAGGUGCUCCACACUCAGGGAGUGGAGUUCGGGUCCAGGACCCGGAACGUGGUAUUCGAUAUCUUCACCGGUAAGGGACAGGAUAUGGUGUUCACAGUUUACGGUGAGCACUGGAGGAAAAUGAGGCGGAUCAUGACCGUCCCUUUUUUCACCAACAAGGUUGUGCAGCAGUAUCGUUACGGGUGGGAGGAUGAGGCGGCACGUGUAGUGGAGGAUGUGAAGAAAAACCCAGAGUCCGCCACGAAUGGGAUCGUGUUGAGAAGGCGAUUGCAGCUGAUGAUGUACAAUAACAUGUACAGAAUCAUGUUCGACAGGAGAUUCGAGAGCGAGGAUGAUCCUCUGUUCAAUAAACUGAAGGCAUUGAACGGGGAGAGAAGCAGAUUGGCUCAGAGCUUUGAGUAUAACUACGGAGAUUUUAUACCCAUCUUAAGACCCUUCCUGAGAGGUUACUUGAAGAUCUGCAAGGAGGUUAAGGAGAGAAGGUUGCAGCUGUUCAAGGACUAUUUCGUGGAGGAAAGGAAGAAGCUAGCAAGCACGAAGAGCAUGACGAACGAGGGAUUGAAGUGCGCGAUCGACCACAUAUUAGACGCCCAACAAAAGGGGGAGAUUAAUGAGGACAACGUUCUUUACAUCGUCGAGAAUAUCAACGUUGCUGCAAUUGAAACAACAUUGUGGUCAAUCGAGUGGGGCAUUGCUGAGUUGGUGAACCAUCCUCAAAUUCAAGCAAAAUUACGAAACGAGUUGGACACAAUGUUAGGCCCUGGCGUGCAAAUCACUGAGCCUGACACCUAUAAGCUGCCCUACCUCCAAGCUGUGAUCAAGGAGACUCUGAGACUCCGAAUGGCAAUUCCUCUCCUCGUGCCGCACAUGAACCUCCACGACGCGAAACUCGGGGGCUAUGAAAUUCCGGCAGAGAGCAAAAUCUUGGUGAAUGCUUGGUGGCUGGCUAACAACCCAGCUCAAUGGAAAAACCCAGAAGAGUUCAGGCCAGAGAGGUUUUUGGAAGAGGAGGCCAAGGUGGAGGCCAACGGAAACGACUUCCGUUACCUUCCCUUCGGAGUUGGGAGAAGAAGCUGCCCUGGAAUAAUUCUGGCUUUGCCAAUUUUGGGCAUUACAAUAGGUCGCUUGGUUCAGAAUUUUGAACUGUUGCCUCCGCCAGGACAGUCCAAGAUUGAUACCUCAGAAAAAGGUGGACAAUUCAGCUUGCACAUUUUGAAGCACUCUACCAUCGUUAUGAAACCAAGAUCAUUUUAGUUUCACUGCGUUUUAUUCCUUCGAAGAGUGUUUGGUAUUGUCGUGAGACUGUUCUGGUGAAAACAAUGGCUAUAUGAAUUGAAUUUGGUACGAUAUACAAUCAUGUAAAUCUGUAUUGAACUUUGAAAUGAUGAAUUAAAAUCUGUCGUAUCAAUAAUUUCAUCACAA